UGCAAACUGAGCGUUGGUAUAACAAGGGUUAAUGAAACGAAAGCAGGAAGUACAGGAAGGAUUUACUUUCGUCCGAAAAGGAAAAGAAACUAAUGAGGUGAAACAUGCGAGGUCCGACACUUCCCAGAGGGAAGAAUCACCGACUUCCGAAAAAAUGAUUCCAUUGCCUGUAUCAGAUACCCCAAUAAUUAAGAAAAAUCAAAAGCUGAGAAAAUCCAAGGGAAGAAGAAGCAGCCUUGGCCAACGAGGCAAGCGUGCUAGUAGUAUAGGAACAGGGUUUGAAGCUCUUCCUCAUGCGGACGUUCCUACUGAUGAAUAUUAUCGACAUAUUUCAAAAGAUUUGUCAGAACCUCUUCGAAUGAAACAACUACUCCUCUGGGCUUCAUACAAGCAUUUAAAUCAACAGCGGGAGAAGUACAAGGAAACCAAAGAAUCUAGUGAGGCCGCAAUCGCAAGGUCUAUAGUUCAAGAAGUCCUUAAUGAAUUAUUGUCCAACCAGUUCUCCAUUAGUUGGUACCAAAGACCUCCGAACGAAAUUAUCCCAAAUAAGCCUCAUCCACAAAAUUUAAAAAAUAUACAGCUUUUGGACGAGUUGACGGCUCAACUAGCUAAGCUACAAGAUGAAGAAGCCACUUGGAGAGCUGUCGCUGCUGGUACAGUAGAAAAUGAAAAAUCACUUCACUCUUGUCGACGUUUGUCCGACCAAAUUCAUUCAGCUACUGAUUCAACUAGUCAUGAACCGGAAACAUCCAAUGGGACAAAAGAAUAUCAAAGUUCUAUUAAAGAUAUAAGAAAGAACAUUACUCCUUUAGUUGAGUCUCUAUCUCAGCAUAUACACGCUAUUCACUCUUUAACUCGCAUCGGCCCAAGUGUUCGAUCGGCAUUCGGCGAACGAGCCGCUCAAAGUUAUCUUCUUCACAAACAAAAAUUUUGCAAGACAAAUAACCAUUCAGAUACGAUGAAUCUUUUAAGGAUAUUAUCGAAAAGUGCCUACCAAAGUCAACGUAAUAACGAACCAUAAACUUCUUAUGCCCAUACAUUAUAUUCAAACUUCUACUUUCUAUUUUUUGGUUCCAUAACGUUUACCAUGAGAUCAAUCAACUAAUAACUAUUUAUGAAUCUUUCUAUAGAACAAUCUAAUGUCCAACUUGGCCGACAUCUUAUAUAGAUGCCUUCUACUUAAUGUAUUCUUUCUAUUUCAGUUAAUAUUCUUUCGGGUGACUAUAUUAUUGUAUUUAUUUGCUUAAAGGGUUAUAUUCAGCAUAUUUGCUUGGCUUACUGACGCAAAAUAAAGAACAUUGAAGAACUAAUGAAAAAACCAG